AUGGGCUGGAUUCGCAACGCGUCACCAGAGGUUGUUGAUCAGUCAAGAUAUCUAAUGGUGAUAUCAGUCUGCGCGGUGUCUGUUCCACUGAUGACACUGAUCAUCAUUCUGCGAGGAUAUCAUUGUCUACGGAUUAACAAGAACGGCCGACUGAGCUACUACCAUCUUUGCUUGUAUACAGCCUUUGCUGUCGUAUAUAUCGUCCUCGCGAUCGUUCAGACUCGACUUGGUCUGGGAUUGCCAUUUGAUCUUCUCCCAAAAGCCAACUUGGAGCUGUAUACUCUUCUUGGUUAUGUGGAAAACCUGGCGUACAUCCUGGCCAAAGCAGCAUACAAUCUUGCCCUAGGCUUUGCGGUCCUGGAGUACUGUAAGCGUGCGACUGAUUCCACUCACCAACGAAAUUUCCGCCUCGGAAUAACUUCCAUCGUCUUAGCCCAUCUUGUGUCGUUUCUGCUUUUCCUGCUCUCUUGCCAGCCAAUCAAGAGAGCGUGGUUACCACAGACUGACGGUAAAUGCCUUGCUACCAGGCCUUUGUCCUAUGGCACAUUCAUCGUCAUGCUUGUGACUAAUGUUGUCGCUAUACUAUUGCCAAUACCUCUGCUAAGUAAGCUACAGUUAACCAAAUCGGAACGUGCCCGCCCGAUCGCGUUAACCCUUCUUGGACUGCUGACUCCCAUUUGCUCCGUGGCGCGGGUAUGUCAGAUUGAGACCAUGAUCAAUGAUGGAGAUUCAACCAUGCUUGUCUUUUGGGGUAUUGUGGAGAAUUGUGUUGGGGCAAGUACAAACUUAGGAUCUAGCAUCUGCUGGUAA